UAACAUCCGUUUACAAAUAUGUGAGCAAGAAUCCAAUCUCGAAAGAAUUAUUUUAUGGAUGAGUACAGUCACGGUAUUCACAGCAAUUCACAGUGCACACAGAAUUAACCUAUGAUUGCUUAUAAUGGAGCUGGGUUUGAUUUUUAGCAGACGAUAGAUAAAAUAACCUUGUUUUCAUUUAUAUAUAUUCAUAUAAAUUUAACAACAAUGCUCCAGUUUAAUACAACUAUUUGCACCGUAACUGCCAGAUUUACUCCCCGAUUAUGGCCUCUUACCUCAUUUUUUACAACAAACUCGCCAGUAAAAGAAUCUUCUAACAUAAAUGUUAAGCAUAAGUAUGAGCCACCAUCAACCAUGAUGAUGACCAAAGACCAACAGACUAAGUUUAACGAACUUAAGGAGACAGUGUGUAAUUCUUUAAAGAAAGACAGUUGGAUUACAUCAAAGGUUCAAGGUGCACAGAAUGUACAUGAUUUAUUGGCUCUCAUAAAUAUGCCUCAUUUACCUCAGAAAGAAGUUGUAAUGGUUAUGAAUUCCAUUAUAAAUUGGGUGAAUGUAGAGAAGCUAAAUAUGACAGAUACUAAAAAUGAGAAUACUACAAAAGAUCAUAAAACAAAAAAUGAAAUAGUACAGCCUACAACAAAAACCAUCAGAAUUAAGAUAUCAAAUGAUUUCUCCAAAUAUGGUGAUCUUUCCACAUCUGCGAUGAUCAAGGAAAUAUCAAACUUAGCAAAUAUGAAAGAGAGAAAUCCAAAAUUACUAAAAUUUUUAUUUGACAACAUUGUUGAAUACAAUGUAAUGUUGAGUCCUGGACAAUGUUCAAACUUACUAUAUAAUAUUGCAACUUUGUGUUAUUAUGAUGACAUGUUACUUAGCAAAAUUAGUUCUGAUUUAAUAAAGUCUAUGAAUGAAAAAUCCAUUGAUUCAAUGCAUUCAAUAGUGAAAUCUAUGGCAAUGAUUAGGUAUAAAAAUAUGGACUUUUUAAAUCAUAUGUCCAAGAUAAUAAUUGAUUCCAAUGCCACAUUGGAAGACAACUAUGUUUUAACUAUGUUGCAGGCAUUUGCAAUAUUAGGUUAUGAUACCGAACAAACAAAUACCAUCAUAGAGAGAUAUGUACCACUUUUAUCAAUGGAAUCAUUAAAACCUACAAAACAGUUAGAUGUUGUUUGGUCCUUGGUUCUAUUGAACAAAGCUACGAAUUCACAAAUUGAGCCUGUAUUAAAUGGUGAUUUUAUUAAGAGUCUCAUGCCCACUGACUCAACAAAAAAUCUGUCGAAGCAAAUAAAAUUAUUAAAUAUCAAUGCUGCUGCAAAAUACAUAAUGAAGAAUUAUCAAGGGCCGUUACUUACUGAUCUAGAUGUACCAUAUGUAACACAAUCAUAUACCAAACAAAAACAACUACAUGUUAAUGCUCUUGAAGAAACAUUAAAAUUCAUAUUGAAACCUUCUGAUUAUGAAAUGAAUGUAAAUACAAAAAUGGGUUUCACUUUAGAUGCUGUAUACUAUAGGAAUACUAAUCAGAAACCUUCUGUAGUAAAUACGAAUUCAAACAAAGUUGCUAUAGUUAUUCAUGAUUAUUAUGCGUAUUGCCAAGGAAAUCGUGAUUUACAAGGAAUAAUUAAAUUACACAAUAAAUUAUUAAAACACAGUGGAUAUCACCUUAUAAGUAUUUCUUAUGAUCACUUUGGUGCAGAAGACAAACUUGUUAAACGAGUACAGUUGUUAGAUCGACACUUAAAGUCAUUGAAAUAAUUACGAUUUAGUAUGUAAUAUUUGAUAAAUAAAACAAAUAUGUAUAGUACAA